AUGAGCAGUGGUUGCAAGACUAAACUACAGAAGAGCUAUUAUCACAGUGCCUCAGCUCAGCCUUUCCUUGGAAAAACUGUCCACGAACUGCAAGAUGAUGUGGCCAGGCAAUUUCCGGAUAGAGAUGCACUCGUGUUCUGCGAGAGCGGCAAGCGAAUAUCAUUUAAACAAUUUUUAGAUGAUACCAAUCAACUUGCAAGUGAUUUAGUCAAGCUUGGUCUAAAACCUGGUGAGCGUGUUUGUCUCUGGAUGGGCGAUGGAUACGAGUGGAUGCUGUUGAAUUUAGCUGCUACUAGAGCUGGACUAAUUGCACUUGAAUUGGCAGAAUCACAAUCGGUGGAUCAUUUAAGAUACACAAUAAAUCAAACGAAGUGUUCUGCUAUGUUUGUCGGCUUCAGUCUAUACAAUCAAUAUGAUAAAUUGAAACAAGUUUCUCCCGAUAUAGAAUCUGACACAACAACAUUAUCUCGUGUACCAUCAUUGCGUUACAUCAUAACAUUCGACGAUGAUUGUCCUCUUAUUGGAUGCAGCAUUGUAAUGCACGAGGGCAAACUUCGAGGGCGUGGCGGACUAGAAGAAUAUCAGGUAAUUAAGGAUUUGAAGAGCAAAGUUAGUGCAGAUGAUCCUUAUAUGAUAACCUUCACGUCUGGCAGCACUGGACACCCCAAACCCGUAGUUCGCACACAUAGAGGCACAUUAGAGAAUAUGUACGCCUUGAAAUGUCAUGCAACACAUGAUGACCAAAGCAUAACGAGAGUUCUCAAAUUAGGAUCCCUUGUAUCAUCAUGUGGCUUAUACCAAGCUAUGCUACUAAUGUGGGGUGCAACUCUAGUUUCACCAAGACCGACAGAAGAUUUCACUGGUGCAUUAGAGGCCAUUGAGAAAGAAAAAUGCAAUUUCGCUCUGUUAUUUCCUCAGUACUUAUCGCAAGCUGUUAAUCAGCAAAAUAUUGCGAAGUUUGAUGUUUCAUCACUAAAGCGAUGCAACGUUCUGAAUGCUGUCAAUUUAUUAUGCGGUAAUGCAGUUGUUCUCUAUGGAACGAGAGAAACUCUUUAUAUAAGCAUCGGGGACGUAUCGUAUACAUUAGAAGAUAGAAUUCGUGGGAAAACCCGAGUAUUGGGACAUUGUGAAGUGAAAAUUACAGACACAGAUAAACGCAUUAUGCCUGUUAACACUACAGAUGAUAUAUGGGUGCGUGGGCCUUAUCAUUUCCAGUGGUAUUAUGGUGACAAAGAACGCACAGAAAAAGUCAAACAUUCAGAUGGUUGGUAUUAUACUGGAGAUCUGGGUCAGAUGGAUGAAAAUGGUCGAUUAGUUAUAUUAGGCAGGAGAGACGACAUGAUUGUAAAAGGCUCUCACAAUGUUUUUCCGGCGGAAAUCACAAAUUUUCUUGGAGAUCAUCCAAAAGUUAAAGAUGCACAAGUAGUUCCUGUUCCUGAUGAGAAAUAUUUGAGCGAAAUUUGCCUCUGUCUUGUGCUGAAAAAAGGAAGCAUCUGUACUGAUAGUGAAAUGAUAGAAUUUCUAACUGGGAAGGUGUCACCGUUUUCAAUGCCGGGAUAUAUUCUCUUCUUCGACAAAUUUCCAGGCGUAUGUUUGAAAGUAAAUCAACGAGCUAUAAUGAAAGAAGCAAUCACCCGCCUUGGACUGUAA